AUGCUGCUACUAGCUUUAGGGGGUUUUUUAACACUACUGCAGUGUUCUAAUGCCCAAAACAAAACAAGCAUUACAACUGCAGACUGUAAAACUGUUGAAGCAGAUGCAGGAGUGGCCCUGGAUUUGGUCAAUAGACAUCGCAGAGAUGGCUAUGUUUUUGGUUUAUUCCGUGUUGCUGAUGCACAUGAACUACAUAUAGGAAAUUCAUCAGUCCUCUACUUAACUUUGGAUGUGCUACAAACUGAAUGCUCUGUAUUGUCCAGAAGACACUGGGAGUCUUGUGAAUACGGUGACACCUAUGCCAUGGACUUUGGGCAAUGUAAGAUUAUCACAUAUACAAGCCAGAUGCUGAAGAAAAAACAACUAUAUGGAUUUAAUUGUACAUUAAGUCCAGUUCCUCCUGAUUUAUUGGAGUGCAAAGAUUGUCCUGUGAAAGUUGAAGUCUUAGAAGUCAUUGAGCAACAUACAACUAUUGCUGCAAAGGCCCUGAAGAAAUUCAACAGCGAGAGUAACUACACAAACUACUUCAGCGUGAACAAAGUUGAAAAGACUUUAAAGAUGACUGCCUCCCGUGAAGGUCACAUUUUAGAAUUCUCUAUAAAAGAGACCAACUGUUCCAAAUCUGCACAACAAGCAUAUCAGGCAUUGGAAUGUGAUUUUCUGGACGACUGGCAUGCUCACAUGGGAUUCUGCAAGGCAAGAAUUAUCAGUGAUGCAGAUGAACCUGAUGGCACAGAUAUAAGCUGUGAGAUCUACCAUCCCUGGCAUCAUGGCUAUGGGCAAAGAUGCAGAUAUUCAACUCUGGGACAGUCACACAGGCAUCCCCAUCAUUUUGAUCAUAGACAUCGUCACAGACAUCAUCACAAGCAUGGAUGUCCACCUUCUUCUCAAUCCAGACCUGAAGAUCCUGAGCAUAACCAUAAUUUCAAGCAAGAACCUCCCCUUCCACCCCUCCACAGUGAACCACAUCAACACCUUCACCUUCCACACCACUGUCCUCCACCUCCUCCCCAUGGUGGACCACAUCACCACCCUCCUUCUCCUCCCUAUGAUGCACCACAUCCUCCUCCCCAAGAGGAACCACAAUAUCCCCCUUCUGCUCCUCCUCCUCAUGAUGAACCACAUCAUCUUCCUCCUUCCCAAGAGGAAUUACACAAUCUCUCUUCUCCUCCUCCCCAUGAUGAACCACAUAAUCCUCCUCUUGGUCCCCAUCAUGGACCACAUUGUCCUCCCCCUCCUCAUGGACCACACCACCACCAUCGUCCUCCUCCUCAUAGACUACAUUGGCAUUCUCCCCCUCCUCAUGGACGACAUCACCACCAUCAUCCUCCCCAUCAUGGAUCACAUUCUCCUCCUCAUGGACCACAUCACCUUCCUCAUCACCAUCAUCCCUAUUACAGACAUCACUGCAACAAAACAAGCAUAUCGGGAAAGUACUUUCCAUUCCAAAUAACAGGAGCUGUCUAUCGCAUUCCAGUUCUAAAUCAGCAGGAUUCUCUCACACCUCCUACUGCGAACUUUCCUGAGUUAUCCCAAAGUAAUCCUCACUCCUCCAGCACUGGUGAAGGUAUUCCCUCAACUGGCUCCAGUCUAAAGGAGAUGCCAGAAGCUCCAGGAUUUCCAGAUCACCCUACACAAUCAGAAUCAUGCCCAGGAAAUCCCAAGCUUGUUCUUCCAAAAAUUUUGCCUUUAUUUCCACAUAGACCAUAA